AUGACUUCUUCCAGCGCUGGGGACAGACAUUCGCCCAAAAGCUCUGCAGCGGCCCAGAGCCCGCCCGCCGCCCUCGCCCGGCCAGCCCCCGCCCGCCGCCCCAGUGCGCCCCUGCCCGUACCUUGCCAACCCAGCGGCCGCCCCCUCCCCUCCCAGGCCCGGCUCCCCAGCCCGUCCGCUGCCGGCCGCGCUGGCUUCGGAAAGAGAGAAAGAACAGAAAGCAAAACUUCCUGGCGGCCGACGGCCAUCAGCUGCACAUUCUGCAAAUGCCACCGAGUAAAAAUAAACCGGCCGCCGCUCCGCCCGGCCGGCUCACCCCGGGCGCACGACUCGGCCCCCUGCCCCGGGACUGUCGGUCCGGCCGAUCCCCCAUUCCCGUGCGCCCCCUGGAGCCCCGCUCCCCGACACUCCUCCACCAGCCACCACGCGCUCCUUUGCCCUGAAACUCGACCCCAAGUGACCGGGCAGCCCGGCCCUCUCCCCUUCGGUGCCCCUCCGUGUUCCCACAAACUACCAUUCUACGUCCUCCGCCUGGUGCCUAUUUUAGCCGUGCGCCCCUGGAUUCAGGGCUCCCUUUCCCCAACUGUUGAGCCCCGGGGUCACCCUCAGCCCACCCUUGGGGGCACAGACCCCACCACACCCUCGCCCACCUCGGCCGAGCCCCCUGAGAGUGCACGGCUCCACCCGCCCACCGGCCCGCCGGCCGGGCAUCCCACGUCCCCGGGCGCAACUUCUCUCCCAGAGCACACGACAACCGCGGCAACUCCCCCGAACUUUUCCCGGGACCCAGGCGGGCUCCGGCCGACAGUCACACGGCCCUGA